UAGCGCAGGAAUGAAUGGACCCACUGCGUGGUUUGUUUCUGGAAGUGUCUGAAGACGCCAAGCUGUGAGAUUAUUGGAUAUUACUGAAACCACUUUAUUCAGUGUCUGGUUGAAACCAGAUUACACGUCCCUGCUUCAGAGAAGAAAAAAAAGGCCUAUUUAUGAUGAAGUUUAAGCCCAACCAGACCAGGACGUACGACGUCGAGGGGUUCAAGAGGAGAGCAGCGUGUCUGUGUUUCCGAGACGAAACCGAGGACGAGGUGCUACUGGUGAGCAGCAGUCGGCAUCCAGACCAGUGGAUCGUGCCAGGAGGAGGAAUGGAGCCUGAUGAGGAGCCCUGUGGAGCUGCCGUCAGGGAGGUGUAUGAAGAGGCUGGUGUAAAGGGAAAGCUUGGCAGACUACUUGGAAUUUUUGAGCACAAUCAAGACAGAAAGCACAGGACUUAUGUCUACACUCUCAUAGUGACGGAGACACUGGAAGACUGGGAGGACUCUGUCAACAUUGGAAGGAAGAGGAAGUGGUUCAAGGUUGAUGAAGCCAUCAGGGUGCUGCAGAGCCACAAGCCUGUCCAUGCAGAGUACUUACGCAGACUCGAGGGCACCUGUAAUCCCACCUGCACUCCUGUAUGUGACCCAGCUAAUGGCAAUGCCCUGAGCUCCCGCAUGACGGCUGACGACGCACCUCGCUAUGUCGUUUGCUCCACACACUGCUCAGACCUAGUCAGCAGAUAGGAAUGGUAACAGCAGAGGGCAGGUCUUCUGAGAGCAAGUGUGUAUUUGACAAAGAUUUCUUAGCAUUACCAGCGGAGCCUAUUAUGUACAGUAUGAACUAUGAAGUGGCACUGAAAAUGUUUUUCAAAUGUAUUUAAAACUUUUUUUUAAAUGUAUUUUUUUAAAUCCCUGUGAAGCAUUUCCUUUUCAACUUUAGGCAGAUUGCAGUGCACUGAUUAUGCAAUAUAGAGGCCUAUUUAGUCUUAGAUGUUGUAUAUUUGACUGGCGGCGCACACAGCGUGCUGUUGAUUUCCUGGAGGCGGUAUGGGGAAGUGUUUGCUCCUGGAGGAAGCCUUAUUCCCACAGUGACUCAGUGCCAAACAAUGUGCCUCUGCAAGAUUUUUGAAAAGUAGUAGCUACAACUCUGUGGUAGUAAUUUACAAACUGUUACUUCGGGAAGUAAAAAUCUGUCACAACUUGUGAGGAAUUUUGCUGAAAGACACACGGUAAAGUCUACUCGGAUGCAACAAGUGUGGACAGCAUUGUUAUUCCUUCCUUGAAAGCACACACAGUAUCAUCUCUAAGCACUAAUAACACUGAACACUGUAAUAAAGAUUACAGGGCUAUCUGCACACACUGAGAUGAAGCCUUAAAUUGUGUUUAUAUAUUUGAAUGCUGUCAGUGUGACUGAAAGUGAACAACUCAGAAAUCAAUUUUUAUGCAUUGAACUCAAACGAGAAAUGGCACGCAUCCUCAGAAAAACUAUAAUCUGAUGUGUUAAGCAUAUGUUUUAUAUACUAUAUCUGCAGAGAUGCCUUAGAAGAGUCUGGCAAAUGCUGCAGUCUCCCAUUAAACUAAGUGCCUUCACAAACACAAAGUAAAUGAACAGAGCAAAGCAAGCCUUUUAGAUGCUGUCAAAACAUGCCAGCUUUUUGCAAGCUUGGCUCGAUACAAUAAUUAAUAAAAUGUGGGUUUGUUUUUACGACCGAUGGUGCAUGUUUUGUUGGGAAAUGCACCACAUCAUCAUGGAGCGAUAAGUAAGACAGGAAUUAUGGUCAUCUGAUUCUACUGCUUUAAAUUUUAAUCCAUUUCAUUCAGUUUUUAAUUUUUUUUUUAAUUUUUAAUUGUACACCUUUAGGCUGCUUCUUCAGAACAUGAUGAUAAUAAAUAGGUAAAACAAAUACUUAUUUAAAUUUUUCCGUUUUCUGUGUGUAAGAUUAGUUUGGGGCUUAUUGUUUGGACUGUACCAUUAGUACCCGUGCUGCAGACUACUCCCCCUGGCGGUAAUGGUACUGUCCAACCACAAGCACAAAGCACAGAAAUGGAAAAUUUAAUAAAGUAGAUAAAGAAAAAAACAAUCUGAAACAAACCCCCAAAGCGCACAGUUAAAAAUCAAACUGAGAGACAAUUAUUUAUUCGUGGAGAAGUGAACUGUGGAUUAAGGAAAUCUGUUUCUUUAUGCGAUUAUUUUGAUGGUGCUAACUGAAUCACUGCAAAGCGUUGAAUUAUCUAGGCCAACCCUUUAAUACCUCAGAAAAAAAGCAAAGAUAAGGUGAUAAUUUCACUUCCUCUGCGAAUACU